CCUCCUUCCCACGGGUCAACCAGGAAGGAAAAAGGGUAGGACCGAGGUGAUCCGACCGCCGAGGAGCAGGCAACUGCUGCAGCAGCUCUCGCGAUGGCGGCCCAGAACCCGGGCACAGAGCUCGACCUCAGCUGGAUCUCCAAAAUACAGGUGAAUCAGCCAGCAGUUCUGAGGCGUGCAGAACAAAUCCAGGCGCGCAGAACCGUGAAAAAGGAGUGGCAAGCUGCUUGGCUCCUGAAAGCUGUUACCUUUAUAGAUCUUACUACACUUUCAGGCGAUGACACAUCCUCCAAUAUUCAAAGGCUCUGUUACAAAGCCAAGUAUCCAAUCCGAGAGGAUCUCUUAAAAGCUUUAAAUAUGCACGAUAAAGACAUCACUACCGCUGCCGUCUGUGUCUAUCCUGCCCGCGUAUGUGAUGCAGUGAAAGCACUAAAGGCUGCAGGCUGUACGAUCCCAGUGGCAUCAGUGGCUACUGGCUUUCCAGCUGCACAGACUCAUUUAAAAACACGAUUAGAAGAGAUCAGAUUGGCUGUGGAAGAUGGAGCUAUGGAAAUCGAUGUGGUAAUUAACAGGACCUUGGUGCUGACAGGCCAAUGGGAAGCCCUGUAUGAUGAGAUUCGUCAGUUUCGCAAGGCCUGUGGGAAGGCUCAUCUCAAAACCAUCUUAGCAACAGGAGAACUUGGAUCUCUUACUAAUGUCUACAAAGCCAGUAUGAUAGCAAUGAUGGCAGGAUCAGAUUUUAUUAAGACUUCUACUGGAAAAGAAACAGUAAAUGCCACCUUCCCUGUAGCAAUAGUAAUGCUACGGGCCAUUAGAGAUUUCUUCUGGAAAACUGGAAACAAGGUAGGCUUUAAACCAGCAGGAGGCAUCCGCAGUGCCAAAGAUUCCCUUGCUUGGCUCUCUCUCAUAAAGGAGGAGCUAGGAGAUGAAUGGCUGAAGCCAGAACUCUUUCGAAUAGGUGCCAGCACUCUGCUUUCGGACAUCGAGAGGCAGAUUUACCAUCACGUAACUGGACGAUAUGCAGCUUAUCAUGACCUUCCAAUGUGUUAAAUCAGCAAUGAAUUCCGGGAAAUUUUUCUGCAGCGUUGAAAAAUUAUUUUUCUACGCAAAUGCCACAAUUAUUUAGUUAAAAAAUGGAGGAAUAGGUAACUGACUUUUUUGCCUUAAAAUUUCCAUUGAAUUUAAUUCACAGAAUGGAAGGGAAAAAAAACCAAUCCACACAUAGUACUCAUUUCAGGCACAUCUAAAAUGGUCUUAAUUACUAUAAGAUCUGCACUGUUAAUUUUGUGAAGGCUUUCUCUUAAAAACUCUGAGUAAAAUGUUAAUGAUAGCUUUGACAACAUAGAAUUCUAAGAGGAAAAAAAAUGUUAAACUGCCUAAGAAACAUGCUCUAACAAAAGAAAAUGUAGCACCCCUGACCUGCUGCUGUCCUCUAACGACUUCAGGAAUCACUGACUCAGCACUAAUAUCCUGCCUUGAAAAUCCAUCUUUAAUUUUUGCAACAGAUAUACUGUUUUAUUAAUUGUUUUAUUAAUGAAAUUUCUGUCAUUGUUAUAUGAGACUAUGGAUAUCAUUGAAUUUUUUAA